AUGGCACUGCCUCAAUCUUCCUCUUCCCAGGCGCGCUGCCCGCAUAGCAUCUUGACGUCCUUGCCUUCAGAGUAUGCCCAAUCAUCAGGACAUCAGCCCUAUAACGAGCAGCGUCUUCUAACUGCCAUAACUGGGAAGCGAAAGCACACCGCCAAUGCUGCGUCCCAAUACCAUCUCACGAAAUUUCCCGCACCCCUCGUCUUGCCUGGUGACGCCAUUGACCUAGAUCCAAAAUACCCUUCUCAGAGUUUUCGAUCGUGGGUGAACGACGGCACGAGGAACCACGUUACCGCCCGUCGCCACAUCAUCUACGUCGCUGCUCCACCGGAGAUCGACCGAAGCGUGAAUUUCAUGGAUGAUUGGCGUCGUCCCAAGACUGACUCGUCAAUGGUUGAGAAGCAGGCAGUCGUUGUUGCGGAUGUUGAAGUUCGGAGCCUCAUCUCCUACCUGCAAGCCUUCUACCACGGCCUUGAGGUCAAGCUACUCCCUGUGCCUCUGAGCUUCACCUCCUGGGACGAGCCAGCCCAGUCCAAAUCAGGGUCAUCUAAUCGCAAAACGCGCGAUGUCCAGGCUGUGGCGCUGUCCACCGGUACCGAAGCCACCCGUAUCCGAGUUCGCAGUACGCCACCCUCAAAUGCUGGUCCAGCAGAUGCCUUCCCAUACAGCCAUCAGUUAAACCUGAAUGACAUGACGGACGUGGCACUCCGCGUGCUCCCGUCGGACGCUUAUGCGCUGCUCUUCGUUAUAACGCAUGAUAUGUACGAGUCUGAAGAAGAUGAUUUCUGCUGUGGCCGAGCAUGGGGCGCCAGUCGGGUAGCCAUUGCUUCAAGUGCCCGAUAUCAGCCCUGCCUUGAUGAUGUCCAUGGCGUUGAUCGAGAACACAUCUGGCCCGCUAGUCAUUGCAAAGCCUUUGUCGACAAGCUGAAUCUGGGAAGUAGCCAGAAUGACAACCCACGAAACAGGCGCAACGGUGCCAAGAAGCGCACAAUCGCCCACCGACCAAUUUCCGGAGCUCAGUCGUUGAUUACACCUCAACCCUUGGAAAAAGCGGUGGAUGUGUACCGAACCUCAUCCCCUGCAGUCGGUCUGGCCGUCGUCGACACCAGCAGCUUGCUCCUGUUCCGUCUCUGCCGCACGGCGUCACAUGAACUGGGCCACUGUUUCGGACUCGACCACUGCAUGUACCUGGCUUGCAUGAUGCAAGGUACCGCGUCAGUAGCGGAAGAUAUGAGGCAGCCGCCGUAUCUGUGUCCCGUGUGUGAAGCCAAGGUCGCCUGGGCGGUUGUUCGAUGCGGCACUUCGGAGGUCACGGCCGAGCCUAAAACCGAAGGCCGAGCCAGGAGAGCCGCAGGUCAGACGGGGGUGGAGCAAUCAGAGGCGCAGACGGAGGACGACAAGCGAGAGAUACAACUGGCGAAAUGGAAGAAGGAUAGGUUGGAGGCAAUAACCACGUUUUGCGAGCACCUCAAUGGCGCUUUUGCUCCUCUGCGGGCGUGGUCAACAGCUCUUCUCUAG